CUGCUUUCUAUCAUGGCGCUGCCCUGUGAUUGUCAUGCUUGAGUUUUUUUGUGCUGGGCUGUAGUGUGCAGGUCUUUGCAUGUUUUAAAAGUAAGAUAAGUUUGUUCUUAAAUGGCAUUUGAGAAAGUAAUUAAUCAAGGUCGUUUUAAUGUUGCUGGUCACUUGCUUGUUUAAUAUUUAACUUUGUAUUUAAUUCGAAGGUUAUGCGAAGCACAGAAGAAAUUGUGAUCUCAUACGCAGCAUUUGUAUUGGAAGACACCAGACACAAUUAUUAUUAUUAUUACUAUUACUUUUCAUAAGGACAACACACAUUAAUCAACAUUACGGUAAAUGUGCCAGUGUUAGCCAGCCGGCUAAUUUUUAACUGCAGUCCUUUGAUAAUAAGGUGUUUUACAACCAAAAAGUGAAAAUGUGUCUCGUACGACAUAUCUUCCUACAUGUAAAUUUAACAUCAGCUUUGAAAUCCUAGGUAGAUGUAGUUAUAAUGUGUGGUUCUGAUAGCUGUGGUAAGAUCCAAACUCUCAAAGCGUGUCACAAUUUCUUUUAUACUAUAAAGCCAUAAGCUAUGACAUUUGGACUGGGUUUUUCUUUAAUGACUCAUAAGUUUGCCCAAGUCUGUGUCACAUGUUUAAAAAGACACAGUGUGGAUCAGAUUAAACCAUUUCUCUAUAAACUGAGAAGCUUUGGGACUGACCAUAAUGAUUCCAGAGGAGACAACAGUGGUUCAGAUGCACCAGUAAGAGUCUCACCUUUCUCUCAGAGAACUUUGUUUGGAAGGCGUCGACUUUUGUGCCCACUGGAAAGGGUCAGUGAGCUGCUGCCCGAACACAUUCUAAGUCAGGAGGUUUGGGAUCUCCAAGACACAAAAAACACACUGAUGAAACAUAUUAAGAGCGACACUAGAAUUAAUGUGGAACAGGACUGUCACAAUGAGGAGAUAAGGAAAGGUGAGGCACCUGCUCCUGCAGGUGUGUCUGGGGAAAGGCCAAUUUGCUUUGGAGAAACUCUUCUGGCUGAGUAUCGCCAAAAGGGACGCUUGGAGUUUCGUAAAAUGUUUCAGCUUAAGGAGGGCCUGAAGAUCCAAAGUAACUGGGGAAUACUAGCUCAUAAAGACAUUGAGGGACGCAAUGCUGGGAGCAUCUCACGAACUUCAAUGGGAAUCCCAAUUCUCAUUCGUCGACCAACCCUGGAGGAGUUCACUCUCUUCAUGAAGAGAGGGCCAGCUAUUGCAUAUCCUAAGGAUGCCAGUGCAAUGUUGACUAUGAUGGAUGUAACUGAAGGAGAUUGUGUUCUGGAAGCAGGUUCUGGAUCAGGAGCUUUGAGCCUGUUCUUGUCAAGGGCAGUGGGCUGUAAGGGAAGUGUUUUGAGUGUAGAGAUAAGGGAGGACCAUCACCGUCGUGCUGUAUUGAACUACCAGCGUUGGCGCACUGCAUGGAGUCUUCGGCGAGGGGAAGAAUGGCCUGAUAAUGUUCACUUUCACCGUGGAGACCUUUCCACUGGUUGUCUUCUGUCUGGGCGAGGUUUUCACUCGGUUGCUUUGGAUAUGAUUAAUCCACAUUUAGCAUUUCCUGCUGUGGUUCCUCUUCUCCAUUCUGGAUCUGUGUGUGCCAUUUAUCAAGCAAAUAUAACGCAGGUCGUUGAUCUAAUGGAGAGUCUACGAUACUCUGCCUUUCCAUUGGUGUGUGAACGUAUUGUUGAGGUUCAGUACAGGGAUUGGCUUGUUGCCCCCUCACUCAAAAAAGAUGGCACAUUCAACAGACGAAAAGCCUCAUGUGAAGCUAAUGAUAACUCUGAGCCAAGUAAAGAUACGGAAGAUCUAACCCCAGAUUUGGUGCCAUUUGGAGAUGUACCAUACAUUGCACGCCCUCACCCUGAACAAACUGGCCAUACAGCCUUCCUUGUGAAAUUACGAAAGGUCUUGAAAUAGAAGCUAAGAAACAUCAGCUCCACACAUACUGUAUCCCAAAUAUUUCAUCAAUAAACUUACAAAAA